AUGGAUUGGCAGGCAACGAAAACAAUCAAAAACUCGAUGUUCGAACACCCUGUCCGGAAUUGUGACGAAAUAAUGGAACAGGGAGAAAAUUCGAAUCGCGUUGACAGCUGCUCCCACAAUGAAGAAAGCAUUGUGACGUCACGAUUUGUUCAAAGCAAAUUAGAACAACGUCGACGAGACAUCGAUUCGUUGGCAACGCCUGGUUGUGACGUUGCUUUACCUAACUCGGGAGACAUGAAGUUACGUGUGGACGGCGGAGGAGUCGCUAAGAUGAUCCAGAAGUUUAAGUUCAAGAAGAAUAGAGGAAAUGACGUGAAGAUGACGUCAAAAAGAAAUAUCGAAGAAGCUCGAACGUCUUGGAAAGAAUCAGCGCUCGCGGCUGUGGAUAAUUUAAGGGGAAAACUUGCGCUUUUCCGCCGGACAAGGAGCCUAGAUUCCCCGCAGGAACAGGAAAGUUUUCCCGACCAAACUGCCCAUGGAUUAGCUGUUGAAAGAACACGGUCUGCGCCCGAUAAAGGAUCAAAUUAUGAAAGUUCGCAGAAAGAAAAAUCCCCUAUUUCGCUACCAGCGGUUCAAUUGCCAGACUUAAACGAAACUAACGGAAUACCGUUUACGAAUUCUGAUCUGUCUGAUAUGCAAUCAUGUUCGUCUUUUCAUUGCUUGCCGUCAACGUCGGCUUUUUGUGUUUCUGGGAGCAAAAAUGAAAACGUAGGAACAAUUCGGUCUACUGAGUCUAAAACUGUUUGUGGUAGAGACGAUAGAGUUGUGUACCAGCAGCCCAACACUGGGGCUGUGGGUCUUGCAAACAACUGUGGAAAUUCAAGUUUUAGCCUUGAAGAAAAUGAAGUUACUCGGAAAGAAGAUGAUUGUGAAUUGGACACAGCCGACCGUGUAAGGGUAACAGUGAAGCACACGAACACUCCUGUGAGAAGCCAAGACGAUGAAGUUUGUGUUUCUGAUGGUAAAAGUGAAAUGCUGUGGAAUUUACGACAAGCCCUUGAAGGGGAGGUUAAAACGCACUUGGAACGGCAGCGGUAUCUUUCUACCACUGAUGACGGACCGGACGUUUCGCCCCGCAGCACCGCUAGCGGUGGAACUUUUUUCCUGCGCCAAAAAUCGAUCGGGUUUUCGGAAGACGAAUCUGCUGGUAGUUCUGACGUCAUACUUGACCGGAGUUGUAACUAUACCAACAACGAAGUUGCGAUUGGUUGCCACAGUAAGCUUGGAAGAUCACGUGCCGACUUCUUGAACGCAUACGAAGUAAAAGAAAUCGGAAACAACCAGGAACAAGAAGAAGACGAAACGACAACCGUGGAUUCGACAACCCAACUACAGUUUCAUAAACUCGAUAUCGGUUCAAAAUGUCGUCAGGAUUGGUGCCCCGAUAAUGAUGACGUCAUCAAUCGUGACGUAGAUAAUGAUGACGUCACAGACUCUAGAUUACUUCGGGAAACGGAGCAAAGAGAGGAAGUUUCAUCACGAAAUUUGUCCUUACCGCUAAUGCAACAUUUCCCGGCCGGAAAUGACGUAGCUGACAGGGAUUCCCCUGUGACGCACCACUGGUCACGUCAUAACUCGACCGAGAGCCCAGGACGUCAUCAAAUCGUGCGAUUUUUUGCAGAAGACGACGAUUGCAACAGCGCGGAAAAUAACGACGUUAAGCCCGUGACGUCAUCAUCCGGUACGAACCUACGUAGUACCUUAAGUACGUCAUCAGAUGACAUACUGAUGAGUGAAGAUACGUCAGCGAGUACUUCUAGCUCGGCGAGGAACGAAAGUGAAACAUCAGAGAAAAAAGUUCAAACUAAAGCGUUGUCUCCAACAAAACAAUAUCAAAAAGCGCAAUCGCCGCUGUCGCUAGGUGUCGCACCCACUCACCACUACAAACGUCGACAACGACCUCAAAUAACUCGUCCAAGAUCAACCGCAUCAUCGGGAACUCCCUCCCCAUCUUCUCCUACCGUCGGUUUCGCCGCUAGACGUCUCCCGCACGCAGGAUGUAGCACCGACUCCAACGACAGCCUUGACUCGCAGUCCAGCGGAGCCAGGCAAUACUCCGGGAGGAAGAGUUUGUCUAGAAUCUUCCGAAGAAGUUCUUCUCAGAGAUCCGAAUGUCCUCCCACGUUCUGCGGAUACACAAUGGGAAGAGAUCGAUGUGUUGACGAAACAACGGAUCGAAUUUUCAAAGAAUUUCUUUUCCAAGACAAGCCAGGCCCCCCUACGGGCCCCCUAGCCCCAAACGAACUCCUUCCACCCCCCUCACACAUGUUACCCCCAAGACCCAUAGCGCGCGACGCUGUGACUCAACUGCGCCGCCAAGUGAUGAGAAAACAAUACAGCGAUUCAAUCGCGAUGUUCUAUGGUCAACGAAUGAGAAGAAUGAAAGUUUCGAAACAGCAGACGAGUGGAAGUUUGGAUUGCACAGCUAACAGAGGAAUCCUCAGGAGACAAGAUAAAGUUGAGGAGGAAUUUGAUCCGGAGGAGAUAAGCGAACAGAUGGCGGGGUCUUCUUCUGGGAGGAGGGACAGCGACAAACCGGAGUAUAUUCCCCCUACUAUUCACGAAUUAAAAGAGUGGCGACGAUCGAGCAAAGACAGAAAGCCAGUGUUACGUCACACAAACUCUCUUCCGUCGGAUACAUCGAGUCCGGAUGUUAAAAACAAUGAUCUACGAACACCUACGCGACGCGUUUCCUUUGUUCACGAAUGAUAUCAUUGUUACGUCAUAUAGUAGGUUGGGGCAAGAUCGGGCACGAUUCUCUUUUAUCGUCACAUUUGGUAGUAAACAAAGAUUACUUUCACAAAUGUAUAUUUAUAUUGAGAAGGCUCUAAAACACCGCUGUUAACUUAAAAAAACGAUUAUGAAAUAUGGGAUUUAUGCGCUAACGGUAUCCCAUCUUGCCCCACAGUUCUAUAAAUAUAGAAUUGUAUUUUUGCAGUUUCGGUUGUAAUGUUUCAGUUCUAGUAUUACUUCAUAUUCAUAAACUAGGAAAUUAUGCCCAAUUCGAAUAUCAUUUGUAAAUACGCGUAAAAUAAUCUUGUCAACUUUGACAAAAAAUAUUCCAGUUCACCUUUUAGCCUUAUUGCUAUUAUGACGCAACAAGGAAACGGCCAAAAUA